AUGCAUUACAUUUUUCUACGCAGAAACGUAGACGGCUACCAGGCAUUAUGUCAGCGCUAUGAAAAUCAAUACCACUUUGCCACCCUGUAUGACAGAAACCGUCGUAUACCAUUGUUCUCUGCGUAUAUACUCAGUCCUGGAGGUGGACCUAGGCCCAAAAAUACAAAAUGGAUGAUUGAACCACGGCUGGUAUCAGACAAAGUCAACACGGGAAUGGUGUACCAAAAACAUCCUGACCAAAAUGUGAAGAACAGCCAGGCAGUCAGUGAAGACUAUAAACACUCUGGUUAUUCCAGAGGCCACCUCACCCCCAGCGGCCACCAACAGACAAAAGAAAACAAAGAGGCUACCUUCACCCUGACAAAUAUUGUUCCUCAAAUGGAAAAGUUCAAUAGUGGCCCCUGGAACACUUUGGAAAAUGAGAUGGCAGAGAGAUUUAAAGUCUGCACAUCAAAAAUGUAUGUUAUCACUGAAGUCAUUCCUUAUGAGUCUAAUGAACCCAAGAUCAAUGACAGGGUGACUGUUCCUGAGUACCUUUGGACUGCUUACUGCUGCCCAACGUUCGAAGCUGGAGCUAACCAGAAUUACUUUCCUAAACUGUAA